AUUUGCGCAACGUCAAAGAGAUAUUUCCGCGAUUCCCACCGGGGUUAUCGAUCCCCUCGACCUCGUUACAAUUAUUAUUAUUAUUGUUGUUGUGCGCUACCGAUGCGCAUACAUCAGUAAUAUCGUGACGGCAAUUCACGCGAAGAAUUCGCCGAGCACGGGUGACACGAGUCACGUUAUUAAUUUCGCGGUCGCGUUCUCUCCCCCGUGCGGUGUCGCAAACGCGUUUCUCGCGCGAAUAUCUCGGAGGCACGCGAUAGAGGAGAAAGGGGUCGAGAAACACCGGCACAAUUUCGAAAAGAGGCGCCAGUGAAAAUCGACGAAAAAGAUGCGCGUAGCGGUUGUCGGCGCCGGUGUAAUAGGAGUAACGAGCGCGCUCGCGGUGAAAAGCGCUUUUCCGACCUACGACGUGAAGAUCUUCGCCGACGCGUUUUCACCCGACACCACCGGCGAUGGAAGCGCUGGUCUGUGGGGUCCUUUUCUUCUCUGUGACACGCCUGCCGAGCAUAUAUACCGAUGGGCCGGCCGCACUCACCGCUGGUUCGAGCAAUUGUGGAAAUUCGGAUUAUCGUCGGAGACCGGCGUCUCUCUAGUGCCUGUAACUCGCGUUACGAGCGGUUACGAGUGCGACACCGAUCCGGUAUGGGAGAAACUUGUCUAUGGCACCCAGAAACUCAGUGACGAGCAAUUACGGCGUCUGAACGAGGAGCACAAGUCUAAUUACAAAAUAGGGUGGCAUUUUCUAACGUAUACCGCUGAGCCGAUUCUACUAUUGCCGUGGCUCAUGAAAAAGUUUAGUACUCUGGGCGGGAAGACGGAGAGAAGGAACGUGAGAGCGUUGCACGAGUUGGCCGAGGAAGGAUACGAUUUAGUAAUAAAUUGCAGCGGGCUCGGUGCACGAGAACUCGUCGCGGAUAAAACGGUGACACCUAUCAGAGGUCAGGUAUACAAGGUAAAGGCAUCUUGGACGAUGCAAUGUUUCAUGGUGGACGACGACGAGACCUAUUACAUCAUCCCUAACGUCGAGGACGUCGUGCUGGGAGGCACGCAUCAAGAAAACGAUUUCGACUGCACCGUUCGCGAGGAGGACUCGAAGCGCAUUCACGCCGGAUGCUGCCGUGUGAUGCCGUCCCUGAAGGCGGCUCGAAUAAGUCGCGCGUGGGUGGGCCUUCGACCAGGACGACCGCGGGUUCGUCUGGAAUGCGAAAACCUCCGCACGCCCGGGCGAAAGGAGUUCAAGGUGAUACACAAUUACGGUCACGGCGGAAGUGGCGUGACGCUAUCCUGGGGGUGUGCCGUGGACGUCGUGGAAAUGAUAAGGAACUUGAAAGUACCCGAAUUAAACUCCAAACUAAGCGAAGACGCGACAGACGGCGAAAGUGCCAGUGAAUCUGACACCAGUUUCGAGGAGCGAUCGCGCGAGACCGCGUUUCAAAAUCGGAGCUCCGUGGUUUUCGACGAUUUCUCGCACGUUUCAUCGGUCGCUAACGACAGGAUAGGUGUAAUCAAGCAUGACUCGGAAAAUUAUAAAUGGAAAAUUACCAUGGGCAAAGGUGAGAAUGCAGAGCCAUUGCACGAAGAAAGUGACACGGAGCGACGUAAGGACGACACAGUGGAAACUUCGGGGACGAAGAAGAAGAGGAAGCGGAGAUUCUUAACCAUCUGUACGAGCAACUGCAAGUACGACGUGGUUAGACGCGUGGCCGCACAGUUCGGGAUGAAAGAGGUCACGGAGGACAGCAGCUGGGAUCUCUAUUGGACCGACCUAAGCGUCAGCAUAGAGCGUGCUAAGGACAUGAAGAGGUUCCAGAGGGUCAAUCACUUCCCCGGCAUGACGGAGAUAUGUAGGAAGGAUUUGCUCGCUCGUAACCUCAAUCGCAUGCUGAAACUGUUCCCGCGGGACUACAACUUCUUCCCGAAGACUUGGUGCUUCCCCGCGGAUCACGGCGAUGCGAUGAUUUAUGCCAAGUCGCGUAGAUCAAGAACUUUCAUCAUCAAGCCGGACACGGGUUGCCAAGGGCGCGGUAUCUACCUGACUAAACAUUUGAAGGACAUCAAAUCCAACGAGCGCUUGAUCUGUCAAGUGUAUAUCGCACGGCCCUUCUUAAUAGACGGCUACAAAUUUGACCUACGUAUUUACGCACUAAUCACGUCAUGCGAUCCUCUCAGGAUCUACGUUUACAACGAAGGACUCGCCAGAUUCGCGACGAGCAAGUACAAGGAACCGACCGGUCACAAUACCACCAAUAUGUUUAUGCAUCUGACGAAUUACGCCAUCAACAAGCACAGCCGAAUGUACAUCAUCGACGACCAGAUCGGCAGCAAAAGGAAGAUAUCGGUGUUGAACAAGUGGCUGAAAGCAAAGAACAUCGACGUGGACGAACUAUGGGUCAAGAUCGACGAGAUCAUAAUUAAAACCGUGUUCGCAGCGUACCCUGUAUUAAAGCACAGUUAUCACGCGUGCUUUCCCACGCACGAUAAAACGUCCGCGUGUUUUGAGCUUCUGGGAUUUGACAUUUUAAUCGACUGGAAACUCAAACCUUAUCUUCUCGAGGUUAAUCACUCGCCGAGCUUUCACACGGACGCUCAACUAGAUAAGGACGUAAAGGAAGGACUGCUGAUGGACACCUUCGAUAUAUUAAAUCUACAGCAAUGCGACAAGAAGAAGAUAAUAGAGGAGGAUAGGAAGCGUAUCAGGGAGCGGCUUCUUCAGGGUAUAAAUAGUCAAACUAACGACGCGACAACUCCAACGAAGGCCGAAAAGAAUGAGAACGAUUACACACAGCGACAAUUUAAGUGGGAGGACGAGCACACGGGCAAUUUUCGAAGAAUCUUUCCGUGCCCCGACGAGGAUAAGUACCGACCUUUCUUCACGCAAAGUGCGCUUUCCGUUUUCCAAGAUACGGUGGCGUCGAGGGCGCGAGAGGAAGCAUCGAGGAUACAGAGGGAGGAGAACGAACUAAAAGUGCGGGAGGAAGAGCGCAAGAGAAUAUCCGGGAAAUGGAGCGAGCACAAAAUAAGCCCGGAAAGUCCGAGUGCACCGAAGAAAUUGCACUGCACGUUACUGCGACAGGAGAAACCCGCGGGCAUAUUCAAGAAAAGCAUCAAUAAACAGGACGUGCAAGGAGCUCCUACCACCAACAGCAUUCUAUACUCCUUCGAGCCCGAAAUCAUAUCAGAGUCGGAGGAGAGAGAGCGAAUCACGGCACUGGCGCAGAGGGAUUUUCUCAUCAAGAGCUACGGCAUGCUCGAGCAGAUAUACACGGCAAUGAAGAGGAACGGCACAUUACGACCCGCCGACGAGAGGAAGUAUGGGCUGUAUGGCAGGCUGAGACACGCGAGCCAGAGCGCGUGUAUCUUCUCCUCGCACGGAUCCCAUCAUCGCCGAAACGGCCAUCUGGACGGCACGCAAAUAGCCGCGGUCCAAUGCCAGCAAUGUUCUCUCAGAGGAAACGAUCACAAACUAACGAGACACGAAUGCGAGUCUACCAACAAGUCGGAUAGAAGCUUGAGGAUAACUUGUAACGAGGCGCUUGUAUACGUCCGUCCGAAAAUCCCGCAAAAGUUUUGGAUGGAGGAUACGAGUUGCAACGAUCACAAGGGUCGGGUAACGAAGGCUCACGUCGCCCGAACACUAUCCAACACAGUACGUCUACAUACGAUCGAGAAAAGAGAAUCUUUCCACUCGUCCAAGUCUAAGUAA